GAAGUACAUGGUAAAAGUGAUAAAAAUGUAAUUUGGCAAUUUCAUUUGUCAAUCACUGCAGGCUUUGGCCCAACGUUCAACUUCAUAGUUUUAAGUGCAUGUCUAAGUUUAGUUUGAUGCAGAUUUAUCCAUUUUCCAGAAGGUACAUGAGUCUGCUGAGGCUCAAAAAUAGAAUUAGGUUGCUUUUAAAAGCUUUACUCUAACUCUAAGCAAGGCCAAUUAGGGGAGGCUUGUUGGUACCAUUACCAUUAGGUUAAUGAUGAAUUCCCAUCGUUCUCAUGAUGGGAAAACCAAUGCCUCUGGCCAGAGGAAGCAGCGACCAGUUGAGAACAAGGCUUCAAGAAUGCUUUGCAAUGAAGAGAAUGCAGAGGUAUUCCGGGCUAUUGGAAAUCGGUGCAAGACAUUGUCCACAGCAGUGGUGCAGCUGUUCCUCAGCAAGGAGAGUGAUGAUCAUAAGCAAUGGCAUAAGUUCCGAUGUGGUAUCAUCACAUUUGUCAAGGAUAAUGGGAGACGGGCCUAUUUUCUCAGACUCUUUGAUCCUGUCAACUACAACAUGGCAUGGGAGCAAGAGCUCUACCAACAGUUCUCUUACAAGAUGAUGAAUAAUCAUUUUCACAUGUUUGAAGCUCAUGAUUGUAUGGCAGGCUUGAAUUUUGCAAAUCAAGAAGAAGCAUAUGAGUUUGGAGUGUGCAUCAGGGAACAUGUUCAAAAGCGAAGCCAACGGAAACAACAAAAACGUCAGAUGAUGAACAAGGGCCCUCCUAAACCUGUGGUUGCCCAAAAUGGUGGGCUUAAUUCUGGACCAUCACCAUCGAUGCCAUCCAAUGGUAAUAAAGGAAACAAGAAGAGUCGCAAGAAAUCCAAGACUGGGAAGAGAGUCAUAACAAAGGAUGACAUUGGGCUGCCAAGCAAUUUCCAACAUGUCUCUCAUGUUGGUUGGGAUCCCAACCGGGGCUUUGACCUUGACAAUGUGGACCCCCAGCUCAAAGAAUUCUUUUAUAAGGCUGGAGUAUCAGAGACCCACCUCAAGGAUCAAGAAACACGAAGGUUUAUUUAUGACUUCAUUGAGACACAUGGUGGGUUGGAAGCAGCAAUGCAAGAAGUCCAAGAUGUUGGAAUUGGCAGACCACCCCUACCCCCGCAACAACCCCCUCCUCCUGUUCCAUCUCGUCACAACCAAACAAUGAUGGAUUCUGCUGCCAGGAGGCCAACUGUUGCUCCGCCUCCAACACCCCCAAGCCGUCAGAAGCCCCCUCCACCACCUCCCACCAGAGGAGUUCCUCAAAAGACUUCUACCCCAAUCUUCACUACUUUGGCUGAAACUAGCACCAAAAGUGGGAAGGAUCCUGUGAUUAUGGCUUCUUGUGCUGCUGCAGCUUCUCCUCCUCCUGUCCCUCCUCACGCUCUCAAGGAGCCACUUUCUAACAAUCCAUGUGAUAGGCCUUCCAUCUCUCCACCUGUGGAUGCCACUCUGCUUCGACUCAGCUCGGCACUCUCUCAGCUUUGUUCCACGGGCUCCAUUCCUGCUCCUACCUCCCUUGAACCUGAAAGUCCCCCCUCAGAGUAUGGGACCCCUGAGUGGCGGGCUUCUCCAACAGAGGAGCAUGCUCGAAUCCCACCUGUUCCUCCCCCUAGGAGAACUGCACCCCCACCACCACUACCUCAUUCUAUCCGACACCCCUCUGUCCCUCCCCCCCCUCCUCCUCCUCUUCCUCCUCUUCCUCCUGUACAAGAGCCCACACUCAAGGAAGGCAUGUCACAAUCUCUAUACCUGUCCUGUACCAGUUAUCCCUCACUUGUUCAUCUGCAUGAGGCUUGGGGUACCAGCCCGCACGUGCCAACACCUUCUCCAUCAGCAGUUAGUGCUCCAACCCCACCCCCUAUGCCUCCUCCUGCAUCAGCAGGAGGGAAUAAAGGUGCAGCACCUCCUCCACCACCUCCAAUGCCAAGUGGUGUACCGCCUCCACCUCGCAUGCCUCUCCCUCCAAGUCCAUCCUCCAAUGACCCUUCACCCUCAUUACCUGCAAAAUCAGAUAAUCAUGGUGCUCUCAUGGAGGCUAUUCGGAGUGGAGCUACACUAAAGCGUGUGGAUGUUAAUGAAGAGCGAGAGAAACGAUCAUCAGACUCAAAUAGUAGAGGAGCCCUCCUACAGCAGAUUCGUCAAGGUGUAGAGCUGAAAUCUGUGGGUGAGCCUCGUGUGAAAUCUGAAAAUGGCAGUGAAGAAGGUGGUUUGGCAGGAGCAUUGAAGAAGGCCUUGCAGGAUCGGUCACAUGCCUUCCAUUCAAGUGAUUCCUCCACAUCUGACUCCUCAGAGUCAGAGGAGGAUGAAUGGGAGGACUAACUGAUAAACUGCGUCUUUCUGUAAUUAGACAUCCCAGGGAUAUGUGCUCCCUGUGUGUUGAGUUUUUGAUGGGGUUUGCAAAUCUAGUCCACACUGCAGUGACUAGCAGCAUUUUGUCUGGCUUGAUUUCAAGACUGCAAGGAAAAGAAUGAAUCCUCCUUGGUCAUGGAGAGAUCACUGAGCUGGGUCAACUGUCUCUUCUUCUGUGCUAACACCAUGAUCACCAGCCUCCU